CAGGCAGGAGGUGUUUGAAGAACCAUGUGAGCUCUGUUCGUGAUGUAAAGACGGAUCCUUUCGCUUUUAUUUGAUUUUUUUUGACUCCCCGACAGUUGUGAGCAUACACCCCGCAACUUGUAAGCACUGGGGGCUCUUUUCUCGCUGAUGAUGCGUUGGACUUACGCGUGGAUUUCUUCCAGGCUGUCCGACAGAACUCAUGAAACCCUCUUCAGAGCGACGGUUUGUGGACUUGCGCAUUAGCUAAUGAUGUCUGUGGGUUUUAUGCCUGACAGUCUUAAUGGCUCAGAUCCCUCCAAGUCGGCCUUUCUAGAAUUCGGCCACGGACACUCGACGCACCAGCAGCACUCCUCCGGACUCUCUCACGUUUAUCCGGUUCACGGCUUGCACGCGGCUGGGCAUUCCCAGCACGAAAGCCCUUUUCCUGGUACCGCGUCCUAUGGCCGCUCUCUGGGCUACGCCUACCCAGGCACGGUGAACACUCAUCCCCCGUCCGCUUACAUGCCCUACCAACACAGCAAUCACAGCAACAGCAGCAGUGUGGCCCACAGCAGAUUAGAGCACACAGACCACGACAAGUCCGCUGUGAUUGAAAACAGAGACAUUCGUCUAAAUGGCAAAGGGAAGAAAAUUCGCAAGCCUCGGACCAUCUACUCCAGUCUGCAGCUGCAGGCUCUGCACCAGCGCUUCCAGCAGACACAGUAUCUGGCCUUACCGGAGCGCGCAGACCUUGCGGCCAAGCUGGGGCUAACACAAACUCAGGUGAAAAUAUGGUUUCAAAAUAAGCGCUCCAAGUACAAAAAGAUCAUGAAGCAUGGCAGCGGAUCAGAGGGAGAACAUCUCCACGGCACCAGCUCCAUCUCUCCCUGCUCGCCCGCAUUGCCCCAGCUAUGGGAGGUCUCCAUGGCGAACAAAGGAGCCCCGGUCCAUCCGAGCAGUUACAUGAACAGUUUCAGUCACUGGUAUCCGAAUCACCACCCUCAUCAUCAGGACGCGAUGCACAGGCCUCAGAUGAUGUGAGUGGACAGUUUUUGGACGCCUAUUUAGGAAGCGUCCAUCGGGCUGCACUGAACUUGCUGGUGCCUCCAGAGGCCUCCUCUCAGAACUGAGAGUUUAGGAGACCUUGUUUAUAUUCACUGUAUUUUGUGUGCGUUUUGAAUUUUAAAAUUCUCACUACAAGAAAUAUUCAGGCAUCAAAAGAAAA